AUGGCGGACAUCGAAGCAGAUCCUAACCAAGGUUCCUUAGAUGGGGAACCAGGAGUAACAAAUAAAGAAAAACUGGCUGACAGUACAACUCAAGAUUCAAGUUCUUCAGAUGGCAAAAAUGGAGAUACUAAUGGUGUUGUAUCUUCAUCUACAUCAUCAUCAUUGGGAUCUUCACAGAGUUCAUCAGGGGUCACAUCCACCCAAACAGUAUCAUCACCUCUUAUCCCACCAUCACGUCUAACAUUUUGUCGCCCUUCUCCUUCUUCUCUCACAGUUCUUGGUGCCAGCAAAAUGAUGCCGAAUCCAUUUGCAAUAACAACCCAGUCGUCUGAAGGAAUUAUUGCUCCCAGUCGAUUUGGUUUAUCACGACAGCCAGGUCCUGACUCCACUAAUCAAGCAGAAAAGUCAGAUGCUGAUUCUUCAUCUUCCAAGCCAUCGAGUGAGACGCCAAAAGAAGCCGUCUCUUCUGAUAAUACUACCAGUCGACUGGCAGGAGUUGAAGCAGGAAGUAUCAGCUCUACUACAACUCCUGGGCAAAAUGAGUCCAGCUCACCUUCAAAAUUCUCAUCACCGGCCUUUAGUAGACUCGGUGACAAUAAUGAAAAUAAGCUGAAUACUUCCAAUGCUCCAGCUUCAAUUGGAGUAAAAGAAAGUCCCGAUGCUGGAGCAGCCUCCAAUACUCCAAGCAGCAGUGGGGGAGAAUUUGUAUUUGGUACUGUCUUGCAUCGGCGUGUUGGGGGAAUUGAUGAUAAUUCCAAAAAGAGUAACAGUUGUUCUGGUUUUGUGUUUGGUGAGAAGCUUGCAGGUAGAAUUGUGGCUGCUGACAAACCUUCCUCACCCCCCUCCUCAGAUCACUGCCUUGCAAAUUCAGGUGAAGAAGCCAACACUCCAGAUGUUCAGUCUCAAAAUGUUCACAGUUUAAUCAAACCUGCCACACUUCCUGAUCCCACAAAUAAGAAUUCGUUUGAUAAAGUGAAAGAAAGUCCCGAUGCUGGAGCAGCCUCUACUACUCCAAGCAGCAGUGGGGGAGAAUUUGUAUUUGGCACUAACUUGCACCGGCGUGUUAGGGGAAUUGAUGAUAAUUCCAAAAAGAGUAACAGUUGUUCUGGUUUUGUGUUUGGUGAGAAGCUUGCAGGUAGAAUUGUGGCUGCUGACAAACCUUCCUCACCCCCCUCCUCAGAUCACUGCCUUGCAAAUUCAGGUGAAGGAGCCAACACUCCAGAUCAAGCAGAAAAGUCAGAUGCCGACUCUUCAUCUUCCAAGCCAUCGAGUGAGAUGCCAAAAGAAGCCGUCUCUUCUGAUAAUACUACCAGUCGACUGGCAGGAGUUGAAGCAGGAAGUAUCAGCUCUACUACAACUCCUGGGCAAAAUGAGUCCAGCUCACCUUCAAAAUUCUCAUCACCGGCCUUUAGUAGACUAAGUGAAAGUAGUGAAAACAAAAAAUUGAAUACUUCUAAUGCUCCAGCUUCCAUUGGAGUGAUAGAAAGUUCUGAUGCUGGAGCAGCCUCCAGUACACCAAGCAGCAGUGGGGGAGAAUUUGUAUUUGGUACUAACUUGCACCGGCGUAUUGUGGGAAUUGAUGAUAAUUCCAAAAAGAGUAACAAUUGUUCUGGUUUUGUGUUUGGUGAGAAGCUUGCAGGUAGAAUUGUGGCUGCUGACAAACCUUCCUCACCCCCCUCCUCAGAUCACUGCCUUGCAAAUUCAGGUGAAGAAGCCAACACUCCAGAUCAAGCAGAAAAGUCAGAUGCCGACUCUUCAUCUUCCAAGCCAUCGAGUGAGACGCCAAAAGAAGCCGUCUCUUCUGAUAAUACUACCAGUCGACUGGCAGGAGUUGAAGCAGGAAGUAUCAGCUCUACUACAACUCCUGGGCAAAAUGAGUCCAGCUCACCUUCAAAAUUCUCAUCAUCGGCCUUUAGUAGCUCCAGUCUACCUAAUGCUCCAUCUUCCCUUGGCGUGAAAGAAAGUUCUGAUGGUGGGACAGCUUCCACUACUCCGAGCAGCAGCGGGGGAGAGUUUUUGUUUGGAACUAACUUGCACCAACGAGUUGUAUGCAAAUGCAAAUUAUUUGUAUUUGAUAAACCAUCUCAAAUGUGGAUUGAACGAGGAUGUGGUGUUCUGCGAUUAAAUGAUUUAGUAGGAAAUGAUUCUGAAAAAUUCCAGUCUCGAAUAGUAAUGCGGUCUCAGGGCAGUUUACGUGUUAUACUCAAUACCAAAAUCUGGACUGGUAUGACAGUAGAAAGAGCAAGUCAGAAAACCGUUCGUAUUACUGCUGCAGAUGGAGAUGGUAUAAAAGUUUUCCUCAUUGUUGCUAAUCCUAAAGACAGUGAUAACAUUCUUCGAGCCAUUGACUGGAGAAUUCAGCAAUUAAAGACUGAAGAAGAAGAGGAGGAGGAGCAAGUGAAACAACGAGGCACAGAAAAAAGGAAAUCAGAAUCUCAGGAUUGGAUCUCUCCAAACAAGAAACUCAAGAAACUUCCUGAAUUAAGUGCCAGCAUAUCUUCAGGAGAAUCGAAAUCUGUUUCCAAAGAAGAAUCAGAUAGCAGUGUUCUUGAUCCAGAAACAGAAGCUUCAAAUGAAAGCUAUACCUCAUCCCAAACAGUCAGACUGAGAAGGAUUCUCCAGGCAAACAGUAGCUUCUGCCUCAAGGAGAAACGAGCACAGUUUAUGUGGCGCUGA